AUACUGUUGAUGCGAUAGUCACUUGUAGGCUGGGGAUUUUAGCUCAUGUAAACAUUUAUCAUAGUUUGUAUAACGUGCAUUUUUUGUCAAUAUUGAUAUUGUCAGAGAUAGAAGGAAGUUAAAGAAGUGAAGUUGACAUUUUUUCAAUACAUUGUUUUCAUACCUACCUCGGAUAACUUGGUUAACGGUGUGAACAGGUAAAAACAAGGAAUAUUAAUUGGAUUUUGUGAAAAGACUAUUAUUUGUGUAUAGGACUGAGAAAUUUCAUUCAAGAAUUGGUGACCUUGCAUCGAAGACGAUAACUUGGACUUAUAAACCACCCAAAGAUGAGAUGCUAAAGGAAUGACAUGAAAAUUUAAGUUGAAAAGGAAUAAUUCAGUUGGAAUAGAAGAGAAUUAUGCUCAUGCUUUGAACUGUUGAUGUAUACAAGUAUACCAUGGCACGGGUGUCAAUAAAAAGUGCUAUAAUUUCAUUAGGAAUCUUUUCUGUGAUGGUCACUGUUUAUCAAUGGGGGAGCUGUGACAUUGGACACAGGGAUGAUAAUUUCUAUCGGGAAAAUGUAGGAUUCCAACCUCGUGUUGCACAGUCUUUUAAAGAAAACAGUAACAAGAACACAUUGAAGUAUAAGGAAAUAGAAUGUGUCAUCAAUGGAGAAGAUUCACAGAAAUGUCGCAGAGAAGCUAAAGAAGUGUACAUGCCAUUUUCAUUUAUUCAGAAAUAUUUUGAGGUUUAUGGAUCCAUUGAAUCAUAUGACGGAUAUGAAAGAUUUGAAUUCCAGCACAGUUAUUCCAAAGUCCAUCCCAUCCCAGAAGAAUACUCACCAGGUGGCAUCUUCAUGUCGUUUGAGUUCUAUAAUGUAGAGGAGCGCAACAGAGUGAAAUGUCUCACAGGCCAAUAUGGUGUCCCAAUGUCGACUCAGUGGACAUCAAGUGGCCAUUACUAUCCAAUACAGAUAGCCCAGUUUGGUCUGAGUCAUUACAGUAAACAUUUGGCUGGACCCAAACCAAAGGUCCAGGUCCUAGAAGACGGAGAGUCGGGGGAUACAUCAGAAUGGCUUUUACCAGACAGAAAGUCACAGUUAGCUGUAAAAACUGACAUGGAUUUUACUGAUAAUAGCAUCAUUGAAUUUGAUACAUCAGAAAACCUAAAGAAUCCUGGAAUUACAAUUUCUAUGGACGAGAAGAAGUUGUCAACUUUAUCAUUAGACAUUAAAUUUAUUUCAAACGGUAGUUUAACUGUCUUGUUACGGACAGGUGAUGGAAAUUUAUUCAGAAUUCAUUAUGUCUUGGGAGAUACUUUAAUUUACCUUCAAAAACGUGAUCUUUAUUAUGGAUUGGGGUCAAAGGCUAAAGGUAAAUGGCUACAUAUUACAAGAAUGGUUAUGGUUGACUUCCAAAAAGGAUUAGCUCUAUCAAUGUCUAAAUCGAAAGUGGCAAAAUUUAAAAGAAAUGCUAGAAUAGCAGCGAUUUGUUUACGUGGACAUGGACUGGUUGAUAAUGUUACACUGUCGUCUGCAGCCCAUCUGGAACAUUUCUUUGAUGCUGCUAAUUAUUUAGUAAAUCAGCAAGAUGAUCAAGGAGGAUGGCCAAUCAUGGUCCAAAGGAAGCUUGUUCCUGCUGUCCUUGAACUUGAUGCAGGGUGGUACUCUGCCAUGGGUCAAGGUCAGUCAAUCUCAUUGUUAGUGAGAGCAUAUAUUGUUUCAAAAGACCAGAAAUAUUUAGACGCUGCUGAGAGAGCGCUAGACGUGUUUGAAAUUAAAAGCGGUGAUGGUGGUGUGUUGACUAAGUUUGCCGGGGUGUAUGAUUGGUACGAGGAGUACCCAACAACACCCUCAAGUUAUGUGUUAAAUGGAUUCAUAUAUUCAUUAUUAGGAUUAUAUGACUUAAAGGAAGUGGCAUCAGGCAAGGGUGCCGCACAUGCCACAAGACUAUUUGAUGUUGGCAUGAAGACAUUGAAAAACAUGUUACUUAUGUUUGAUUCAGGCUCAGGGACGUUUUAUGACUUGAGACAUUUGACACUAGGUGGAGCUCCUAAUCGUGCAAGAUGGGAUUACCAUACAGUUCAUAUUAAUCAACUAAAUCUACUUAGUUUAAUUGACAAUGACCCUUUGUUUACUACAACGGCCAAGAGAUGGACCGACUAUAUGAAGGGCAAGCUAUCACCUCAUAAUUAAAGACUUCCAUUAUUUACUGUUUGCUUUCGUGCUGUAGUCCUACUUUUUGUUAUAUAAUGAUCAUGAGGUAGAAAUUAACAUUAUGCAUACAAUGUUUGUCAGAAAUUGCUAUGCGAAAUAUAAAACUUACAUGACUUAUAGUAAUACAUUUACAAAGUGUAUUUUAAACAAAUUUAAUUCAUUGUGGAUGGCACAAAACUUUAUAACUGCAAUAUCAAUAGAAACCAAAGUAUGAUUUUAUUGACUUAACAUGCUUAAAAGGUUUCACAAAUGUGCAAAUGUCUAUUACUGACAAACAUAGCAAUCUUUUAACAUUUAAUAUUUUUAUAAAUAAAUGAAAUUUGACAUUUUACUCAACAAUAUUGUAGUUUGGUAUACAUUAUGUACAUGGUCUAGUUUUCAUGAUCUUAAGCAAUUUUUUUCAUGAGCCUAAGCCAUUUAUUUACUUGUGCAUGUUGAUCAGAAUUAAAUUGUUGUUUGCAUUAUGUUGAUUUCUAACUCUUGUAUCUUUAUAUUGUUAAGUAUUUGUUUUGUUUUGGUAUAUUGUGAAAUAGCUAUACAUGUACCAAUAAUUUGUUAUUGAUGUCAAAGUUUUAAUGUGUUAUGAAGAAUUGUUACAUAUGUUUUAAUAUGGUGCUGCCAAGUUGAAUGUCAAAAACAGUAGUAUAUGAUUUAAUCAAUUAAUCAAUAUUUUUAGUGACAAAGAGUUUUGCUCUUAACUUUUUGUUUGGAAUUUUGAAGUACAAUUUGAACUGGGGGAUUUUGCGAUGAUGAUGCAUUUUUGCUAUUUUCACAGACAGUUUGAUGUACAUAUGUAAUGGACCAAUAGCCAUUAGUCAUUCGAUAACCAUGAUAAUUUUGAUCAUUCACAAUACAAAUUUGAUAUUAAAGAAUAAAUAAACUCUGAUAGAAGAAAGUUAAAACUUCUACAUUUGACUAAAGGGGAUAAUAAUUGUAUUUCCUGUUUACUUCAUUUAUAACGAAAGAGGUAUUUUAGACACCUUUUUGUUGCUUAUACAUUAUUUUUGUUCAUGAUGUAAAUGUCUUGUUUGUAAAUAGUUGUACAGUUUCUUAGUUGUGAAUUCAGUGGUAAAUAUUUUAAGUAAUAUAGUGCCAUAGAAGUAAAUAAUGCAUGAAUAGUAAACAGAUAAAUAAGUCAUUUGAAAGAACUAAUGAGAAACAUGAAGUCAGGUAUAUGUUGGUUUGAUAUCAUAAGGGAGAUAAUUCUCGAUAUUUACUAAUCCCUAGAACUAUUGCAACAUAGGGACAUGUUUUUCUUUGAAUAUUUUAAGCUCACCAAUUCAUCUUUUUAAAAAUUAAAUUUUGAAUUGGUGAGGUUACACAAAAAAUAAAAGAUUCAUGGCUUUUUUAUUUAGUUUAUUAUGUAAUAUUAACAUUCCAAAUUUAACCUGUGACUAUGAUGUAUGAUUUAAUACUAUUUUACAUGUACAUGUAUCAUUCUACAAAGCUUUAAUCAUUGAAUUGAUCUCAGUUAAGGGGAGAUAAUACUACUUUGUGAAGGGGAGAUAAUUAUAUCUUAAUAGUGACAUGUGACAUUUAAAUUUAACUAUUGUUUUAAUUUGGUUGGAAUAAAACAUCAGUUAUAGAUUUAUUUUUGCUGAAAUAUAAAAUAUCACUUUUAAAUUUAUUUAAGUUGAUAUAAAACUACAGUCAUUUAAGAUUGGAAAAAUAUUGUUUGGAAAGACUGUGCAUUCUCAAAAUACAAAUAUAAAAUGAAUGAGCUAGAUUCUUUAACCCAUUACUUCAAAUUGAAAAGAAAAAGCUAAAAUAUCGUAUAAAACUGUUGCACUUGUAAGUCCUAGUUUUUACAACAGACUUUCUAAUAGCACAAAAUUUUAUAGCAUUUUUUAAUUGUUUUUUCCAUCAGUUAAUCAUGUUAAUGAGUUAUGUCAACGAUUCAGGUUAUUGUAAUAAAUGAUGAAAAUGUACAUACAGAAAAGUUUAAAGUGACCAACUGAACAUUUUCUAUUAUAUGUAGGUCACUGUAGCACAAUUUUCCAUAAACAGUACAAUGUUGUAAAUAAUUCAUUAACAAAGCUGUGAUUUUAUGUAAAUGGUUGUGACUUAACAAUGGUUGUUGAAAUAGGCUAUAUUAUUAUGAUACCUAGAUUUUCAUCAGGUUUGGGUAUUUUUUAUUUUUUUGGGGGUAAAUUUCAGUGGAUCGGCUUUUUUCCUUUCCUGUCAUAAAUUUUGAAAUGAUUAUUUAAAGUAGACAAUGGAUCUUAUAAUUUUAUAUACAUUUAUAUAAAACAGAAGAACUCUUCAUGGUAAAAAUGUCAAACAAAAAAAAACUCUGUAGACAUGUCAUCUGAAAAGGUUGUUAAUAAAGGUUAGGACAUAAAGUUACAUUUUGUAAGAUGGGUAUCUGGGAAAUAAUUUUUUUCGUGUCAAAAAAAUAAAAAAUAAAUUCUGCAAGCAUCUCAUUGCCUAUGACUAAAUGGUAAUAAAUCACAAGAAAUGUUAGGGGUGGAGUUAAGAUGAAAAUCUAGGUAUUAAUUUUAUUUAGCCUGAGCCAAAACAAUGUAUUUUUUUGGUUGUUGUAACAUAUAAUGCACAUGUAGUGCUGGGUCAUCAUAUCGUGUGUCGGUCAUUUGUUAUAUAUAGUAGUUCAGGACAGUGUGAAAGAAAUAUUUUUGCAUGCAUAUUGGUUUAUAUUUGUUAGUAGAUAUACAUUAAGAAGAAGGGGUAUGAGUGCCAAUGAGACAACUCUCCAUCCAAGUCACAAUUUGUAAAAGAAAACCAUUAGCGGUCAAAGUCGUGCUGGGUUUCUACACAGUCUGAUACGUUGAAAUUUAGUACUUUGUCAAGUAUUGCUUAUAGAUUGUAAAUUCAAAGUGCAAUCGAUUUUAUCGAUUUUCUCUAAUACAAAUUUUCAUUACAUGCCUACUGUUGUUUAGAUAAAGCAUCAUAAAUUGAAAUGGUUGAGAGGAUCAUCCAAAUACUUGAUUUAAAUGUUAAGAAAGAGUUCUAUGUAACUUGAAAAUAAACUUAUGCAACGGAAUUAGAGGGCCUAUAUUAUUAAAAUCUGUAAAGAUAAUUUCGAUUGCAAUUUAUUAAUUUUAAAAAAGAAGAGACCAUUGUCAUCCCUUUCAUGUUUCUCUGUUGUGAAAUGGUUGCUAUGUCAACAAACAACUUUGCUCAUUGUUGAAGGCUGUACGGUGACCUAUAAUUGUUAAUGUCUGUGUCAUUUUGGUCUUUUGUGGAUAGUUGUCUCAUUGGCAAUCAUACCACAUCUUCUUUUUUAUAUAAACAAGAUGAGUUCAUACAUGUAGCCAUGGUUUAAUCCAUAAAAAAAGUUACUGUGGAUUCAUUUAUUUUCGUGGGUACCAAUUUUCGUGGAUUGUGGAAAAAUAAUGUUUUCGUGAAUAUUUAAUUUCGUGGUUUUUCAAAUGUCUGCAUAUCAACGUAUAGAAAAUUUCUAUUUCGUUGAAUAUCUUAAUUCGUGGUUAACAUUAACCCACGAAUUCCACGAAAAUUGGUAUCCCACGAAUAUUAAUGAAUCCACAGUAAUUUGCACAUAGUUAAGUUAAGAUAUUGAUCUCCUACUUCAUACUGUUCUGAACCACUAAACAAUGCUGACUAUAUACUAUAUAUAUUGUGUUCUCUUUAUUUUUAUCGUAAGCAUAUCAAUGUUUUUAUUUCCAAUCAUUUUUAUCAGUAAUUUCAUUACCAAAUAUAUUUUACCAUUGUUCAUAUAUCAUUGCAUCACAGGAUCAUAAUGUUUGAAAUUAAGUGAUAAAAUGCAGAUUAUAUUCUGCAGUUUUAAAAUUGAUUGAUUAAGUGAUUAAAUGCAGAUUAUAUUCUGCUGUUUUAAUAUGAAGUGAUAGUUAUAUAUAAGACGCUGAUAAAAUUCUCCAGUUUAAAAUAUUUAUUAGCAUAAUUUGUAUUAACAGCACCCAAUAAAUCCUUCUUAGAUUUUUGGACAGUUUGUUUGUUGUGAGGAAUUUUUAAAGACUUGUUCAAGUGUUAAAUAAUCUAUAGAAGUUCAAGUUUAAUUUUUUUUUUUUUUUUAAAUUUAAGAAAAAGUAUAUUUCAGCAUUAUUAAAUAAAAGUAUUUUUUUACUUAUGAUUUAAUCUUCACAGAACUUGUGAUUUACUGUAAAUUCACUACUUUUGAUAAUACUUACAAGAACAUGUACUAUUGUUCAUCUGCUUUCAACAUUUUUUUAUCAAUAUUGAAACCUGCUGAAUUAUGCAUUGUGAUGUUUUAAGUGAAUUCAGAGAACUGAAAACCAAUUUGAUUGUGUGUAUUCAAUGCACAUUUGUUUAUGGGUAAUUAAGGGUCUGGAUUUGGUUAUAAUUUCUGGUUUCUUAAUUUUUGUCCCUUUAUCUCUAUUCUUUAUCUUAUUGACCCAUUAUUCUCAAUUCUUACUCUUAUUGACCCAUUAUUCUCUUUUCUUUAUCUUACUGACCCAUUGUUCUCAAUUCUUACUCUUAUUGACCCAUUAUUCUCAAUUCUUUAUCUUAUUGACCCAUUAUUCUCUAGUCUUUCUUUGUUUUUCUUCUUGCCCCAUUCCCCCUCCCCCUCUAUUCUGAAUUGAGUGACCCAAUCUUAAUUCUCUAAACCUAUCCAGAUCCUUGUGGUUUAUUCACUCUAUUGUGCAAUUUUUUUUUAUAAAACCAGUUCGGUACCUCUUUGUAUUUUUCAUGGUGCUUUACUGUAGAUUUCUCUAAAUGUAUUUUAACCUUAUGUCAUUUUUUUCCGAAAAUUUUAUUGAACAUUGUAUUCCUUCUUGCUUGAUCUAUGAAAAUUUAUAAUCAAACUUUUUUUUUAAAGUUUUGUGUAAAUUUUCAAUUAAGAUAUAUAUAAAUUUUAAAAUUUGAUAAUAUGAAAUUUUUAAUUUUUAUAAUUUUAAAAAAUUGCAAAAUAUUCAUUUUUUUGUCACAGUAUCUUUUAUACAUUGUUAGAUAAUCAAUUUACAAGUGUAACUUUAACCCAAAAGAUAUAAAGGUUUAUGUACAAUGAAGUGUAUGUAAAUAUUAUUUUAUUUUUACUGAUGCUGAUUUUUACUGAUGCUGUCAUUGACAUGCAAACAAAUAUUAUACUCAUUAGUCGUUUGGUUGUGUUGAAUGAGCUGAUUUUAAACAGACCGGUGUAAACUUAUGUUUCAAAAACAGUUAAUUUUAUUUUUACGGUCAAAGUAUCAAUCUUUUUUAUUAAGGUUUAAUGGGAAAAAAACAGCGCUCUAUUUAAAUUAGAAACGAACUUCACAUUUGCAUUUGACAUUAGAAAUACCAGGUUUUGAUUAAGAUAGAAAAUUUUACGUGAUUUAUAACACAACAAUUUUCAUAAGAAGUUGAAUUUGAGAGGAUAUUUUUAACAGUUCAGUUGUUUUAAGACUAAAAUGAUACUUCCCAAAAGUUUUACUGAAAAUUGAAUUUUAGUUAAACUUUUUACAGUAAAGUUAUUUUAAGACAACAAUGAUAUACUUCUUAAAUGUAUUAUUGAAAAAGUUCAUAUUUUUUGUACAUGUAUAAUUUUAUUCCAGUUUUCAUUGUAUGAAUGAUAAGUGCAGAGAGAGUUAUUGUAUUUUCAUAUCAUUGUUAAACAUGUAAUUGACUGGAAGGAUAUUCUGGACAAUUAAUAUAAAAAAAUUAUGAAAAAACAUUCAUAAAAAUAUUAAAAAAUGAAAUUUGA